UUAGGUACUUCCGUGGUGACGCAACUAAUUUAAGGAUAUUUUUCUUUAUAUAAAGUUAUAGAGGAUAAAAUUAGGAAAAUAAAAAAGAUGGCGGUUUUUGGUGAUCUAAAAAGGCUGGGAACUAAUUAUGCAACGAUGGAUAUUUAAAAGCAAAAAAAAAAAAAAAAAGGAAAGAAAUUCUCGUUUUUUUUUUAUUUGUGUUUAUUUUUCACAAGUUGUUCCCAAUACCAGCCGAUCUCCGGAGCAAACCAGCACGCCGUUUUCCCGUUUUAUGCGGCCCCGGCACAGAAAUUAAGCGUCGGAAUCGCCUCCGAACCACCUCUCCAGUCUCUGUUUUUAGGUGAUUCUUGCGAUAUUUAGAUCAAGAAUGUCAUGGUUUGUCUUAGAAGCUCCGAAAGAUCCCUCUUUUCCGCUGAAUGGUUCUUAUUAGUUCGACUCAAGGAUUCGGAUGACAGGAAUUCUCUUUGAUCACAAGAUCUGAAGACCUUGGGUUUUCUUCUGAUGUAUGCAGCUGGAUUUGUUCAGGUUUAUGCUAACAAUAUAUUGUAAGGAUGGGGUUCAAAGAAGGGAACAAGGUGGAGGUUAUGAGAAGAAACGAGGAUCGCUAUUGCUCUUGGAUUCCUGCUAAAAUUUCAUCAAUACAUGGAGAUAAAUUCAGUGUCAGAUAUGACCUAUUUCUGACAGCCAAAGAAAAGCCCGUAGUAGAAAGGGUGCGCAAGGAAGAUGUUAGGCCAUGUCCACCUCCUGUUCAUGGAAAGGAGAGGUGGAUUGUUGGUGACACAGCUGAGGUGUUCGACCUCCAUUCAUGGAGGGUUGGAAAGGUAGCAAAAGUUCUGAAGAGAAAUCAUGUUGUCAUCAGACUCUUUGGCUCAAUCCAGCUUAGAGAAUUUCAUGUCUCUAGUCUAAGGGUUCGACAAGCUUGGCAUAACAAUCAAUGGGUUGUGAUUGGAAAGGUUAGUGGAAAAAAGCAAUUCAUCAAUGGCUACAACUGUUCUAGCUCCAAAUAUAACAUAGGCUCAGGUUGUGAAGCACAUGAAGGUAUAUCUGAAGAUGCUUGCACUGGACAGAGACAUGAGCAAGAAGAUCAUCAUUUUUGCUCAUUUUCGCCUGCAAGAACUGGGAAGAAGAAUCUCAAUUCCCACUGUAUCUUACUACCAGAUGUUGUGGUUCAAGGUACUGGAAGGAAAAGGAAAGCAAGCCCAAAAAUGGAUGGGUCUUAUCAGCUAACAAAAAGGACACUGCCUAGAAAGAUAGAUGCUGUUCCUUUAUCAAAAGAUAUGAUGGAUGAGAAUUGUCAGCAUUCAUCCACUAAUGGCAGAAUAAUUAGAUUUUCUGAGAUCGUUGUUAAUAAGGAGACCAAUAAUCAUGCUAUGCAUCCAUCUUCCAUACCUUUGCAAAUUAUUGAAGAGAAUAAUACGUGCUCUGUUGCUAGUUGUAGUGAUAACAACGUACCAGACUAUACUAAUGGGAAUACAAGAAAAUAUCCUAGAGAUAUUGCCAGUAGCUUUUUUGGUGAUGCCAUGUCUUCAUGUCCAUCUGAAGCUGAGAAAAAGUACCGAUGUGUUUCUGAAGAUGAAUUAGCCGCCAACGUCCAUGAAUUAGAACUACAUGCAUACCAAUCUACAGUGAAGGCCUUUUAUGCUUUGGGUCCUUUAAGUUGGGAGCAGGAAUCACUUUUAACAAAUCUUCGUCUCGCUCUUCAUAUUUCAAAUGAAGAACAUUUACAUCAAUUAAGGCACCUGUUAUCUGCUCAAAAUUUUUGACUCCCACCUAGUGAUCCUUAUCUUUCAACAAGGUCAGGUAAUUUUAGACAUAUCUCUAACCUUCUUUAAGGAUCAUUUCCUGGUGUACUUUGUAAAUCUUUCUGCUUUGUAGUCAGUGUAGGAGUGGUAUAAUUGUUAGAAUUUCUGUGAACUUGGAAAUUCUUGGACUGUACUGUUGUUAGUCUUCUUGUCUAAUGUGUGUAAAUUUUCCUAGAGUAGCCGAGUACUGCUUCUUGCAAUCUUUCAGAACUAUGUGCUUCUAACUUA